AGGUUUCUUUCAGGCUUACUGCUUUGCCUACACCAGUGAGGAAAGUAGUGUAGUCUCAGGGUUAUAAUAAAGCUGUGAGGUUUACCUGCGGAGUUCGUGGGGGACAGCAACGUGAGAGGUGUCGCACCUAAAGCUGUGUGGAUAAUAGACGAGAGGGGGGAAAUGAGAGAGACUAAACCUUAAAGACAGGUGUUUUACCCUAAAUACCGCUAACAGGUGGGUGGGCUGUGGGGGAGCAAAUCUCACCGAAUUUUGGAUGUUUCAGAGGUUGGGGGCAUCUGCAGGCAGGCAUCACAACACCAAGUAGGGGCUUGCUGGCAGAGGAGCAUCGUCUGCAGAACAGAAACCUUCCUUUGUAAUCUGUUACUAACCUGAAUGUGUCAUCUAUAUAACAUACUCCAAUACUAUAUUAUCUUAACCAUUUUUAGGCUUUUGAUUAUUGUUGCCGUUUUCUGAUUAUCUGAAUUAAGUGAUAGGUCUGCCCUUGUAACCAUAAAAAUCAUGAAUGUGACAGUGACCCGCUUGAGGUGUUUCCAAUAGUAUAAAUAUUUAGUGUAAGUAACAUGUUUUGCUAUGUGCUAGUAAAGGAAGGGAAGUAAUUGACAAAAGCUCAAACACAAUACGAAUACAAUAAACUGGCCAUGAAUAAAUGGACACUGAAAACUAAAAAAGGUCUCUUCUGAGCAAUCAGCUCAGCAACAGCUUUUCAGUGAGAGGAGUGGAAACAAAAUACCUACUGUGUUUUUUUUUUAAGGUAGAGCGUUAGAGUUAUCUGGUGGGAUUAAUGGGACGUGGUGCAUGUGACAGGCAGGAAUGAAUCUGACCAUUCAGAAUGUCACGUUCAGCCCCAUGUCCCUACAAAGCUGGCAGAUGGAAGCAUUUGUUUUAAGACACGUACAUUGGCACAACUGCUUAAAAACUUCAGCGUGUCUUUAAUUUUUACUUGUCUUUAAAAUGUGCUUCUUCCAAAGGCAGACCAGCUUUGACUUCUAUAUGAGAAAUGUCCUGCUAUUAUUCUUCAGGAAAAGGAAUAAUUGUUCUCUGGAGGGACUUUUGAGUCUGUGACAACGAGAAUGGGUAAAAAAGUGAAGAAGGAAGUAGAGCCUCCACCCAAGGAUGUGUUUGAUCCUCUAUUGAUUGAAAGCAAAACCGCAGCAACAGUCGUGCUAAUGCUUAGUUCUCCUGAAGAAGAAGUUUUGGCCAAAGCAUGUGAUGCUAUAUAUAAAUUUGCGUCAAAAGGUGAUGAAAACAAAGUGACACUUCUUGGUCUUGGAGCAGUGGAACGUCUGUAUAAACUCAUCUCACAUGAAGAUCCAAUUGUACGCAGAAAUGCCAUGAUGGUAUUUGGUAUCAUGGCUUCUAAUCAUGACGUCAAGAAGUUACUGAGGGAACUGGAUGUCACAAAUGCACUUUUAUCCCACCUGGUGCCAGAAGAAGAUGUGGUUAUUCAUGAAUUUGCUACUCUGUGUCUGGCACAAAUGGCUGUUGAAUAUACUACUAAAGUACAAAUAUUUGAGCAAGGUGGAUUAGAACCACUUAUCAGACUACUAGAUAGUCCUGAUCCCGAUGUUAAGAAGAAUUCAGUCGAAUGUAUCUAUCUCCUGGUACAGGAUUUUCAAAGCCGUGCUGCAGUUUCUGAACUGAAUGUAAUUCCACCCUUGCUGGAACUACUGAAAUCCGAAUACCCAGUUAUUCAGUUGUUAGCCCUUCAAACCUUAGAAGUCAUUAGCAAAGACAGAGAAACCAGGAUAAUACUGGGAGAAAAUCAAGGAUUAGAUUGUCUUCUGAAGAUACUGGAAACCAAUGAAUUUAACGAUCUACAUGUGGAAGCUCUUGCUGUGUUGGGAAAUUGUCUUGAAGAUGUGCAUGCUAUGCAAUUGAUUCAGCAGACAGGAGGCCUUAAAAAGCUGCUUUCAUUUGUAGGAGACUCUACUGUUCCUGAUAUUCAGAAGAAUGCAGCAAAGGCAAUUGCCAAAGCAGCUUAUGAUUCUGAAAAUAGAAAAAUCUUAAAUGAGGAAGAGGUUGAGACCUGCCUCAUAAACCUUUUGGAAAUUGAUAAUGAUGGAGUUAAAGUUGCUGCUUCCCAAGCAAUUUCUGCCAUGUGUGAGAAUUUAUCUAGCAAACGUGUGUUUGGACUCCAGGGGAUUCCCCAGCUGGUAGAGUUGCUAAGCAGUAACAACGAAGAGGUGAAAGAAGCUGCAGUCAUAGCAUUAGCUAAUCUGACUACAGCCAGUCCUAGCAAUUCAAGCACAGUUGCUGAGGCUGAAGGAAUUGAGCCACUAGUAAAAACCCUGAAUGCUCAGAGGGAUGGAGCUGUUGCUAAUGCUGCUGCAGUGCUGACAAACAUGGCCAUGCAAGAACCCUUACGCCUAAGCAUUCAGAGCCACGGGGCCAUGAGUGCGCUCGCGGAGCCGCUGCGCUCAACCAACAGCCAAGUGCAAAGCAGAGCUGUGCUCCUUGUGGCUGCCUUGGGUUGUGAUGCUGAUGCCAGAGCCGAGUUAAGAAAUGCAGGUGGACUGGGACCACUUGUUGAGCUGCUGCAUUCCAAAAACAAAGAAGUCAGAAGAAAUGCCUGUUGGGCUGUUAUGGUCUGUGCAAGUGAUGAACUCACCGCUGUCGAACUGUGCAGGCUGGGUGCUUUAGACAUCCUAGAAGAAAUUAAUCUGUCAACAGGGCGCAAAAAUAACUUCAGUGAAGCUGCUUUGGAAAAACUACUUGAUAACAAUCUUUCCCAAAAGUACAGCCAGAUGGGUUAUUUAUCAUCAAGUAAUAUCAUUACUGAUGGAUUCUAUGAUUAUGGUCAGAUAAAACCUGGAAUUAAACUUUUAUCUUUGGAGGAACUGAGUAUGCAAGAACUUACUGACCGUAGGGCCACAAUCUUCAUUAAUGCUAAACCACAAGAAGAUGUCCUUGCAGUAGAGGAAAAGCCACAAAAUUCAUCUUAUGAACAGACUACCUUGUCACCUGUUUCAAGAAAAAGCAGUAGAGAAAAAUCAAGCUUACUGGUAUCUCCAGUAGAGGAAAAGCAGGAGCCACCUGGAAGGAGAUCUUCGUUCAGCAAAAGUAGCAGUAGAGAAAAAGGCUCAAGAAAAGGGAAGGGGAAAAAAGAAGAGGAAAAAAUGAUAGAUGUUACUCAGGUUAUAUCCAAAGUCCAGGAUGAAAUAAAUCAAGAAAAUGCACAAUGGCAAGCACCACCUGACUUCAUUUUACUGGAUUAUAUUAAUGAUGCUUCUAAAACAAUCCUACCACUCACUACUACGCGGGAACAGGUUGUGGCUCUUGCACAGUUUGUUGCAGACAAGAUGGGUGGUGCAAUCGAAAAAGAAAAACUACAUGACUUCAGCUGGGAACUUCAUAUAAGUGAAAUAGAAUAUGAACUGAAAUCCAAUGUUGUGCCUAUUGGGAAAGUUAAAAAAGGGACAUUUUACCACAGGGCUUUACUUUUCAAGGUAAUAGCAGACAGAAUUGGCAUUGGCUGUAGUUUAGUUCGUGGCGAGUAUAACAGAGCUUGGAAUGAAGUUAAAUUGGUUGAUGACUCUCCACAAGGAGUAACUGGGCUUCUGCUUCCUCCUCAAGAGUAUAUUGUAGAUCUAAUGUUUGAGCCAGGCUUUCUGAUGAAACAGGGAAGUGCAGAGGCAGAUCAGUACAAACGUAUUUAAUCAUCCCCAAAUUUCUCCAAAAUAAGCUUUUUAAAGAUGACUGCAGUGUUGUUACUUAUGAAACAAAAGGGGCUUGUGGUCUGGUUAUCAAAAAGAAGCAUAUAUUUCUAUAGUCAUUAGCUGAAAGAUGUUCUUUGUUUCUGAGAACUCACUUCAGAUGUCUGCAUCUGGUACAUUGUCCUAAGCAUUGAAUUAAACAUACUUUACAUAGCCAA